AUGAAAACCAUACUAGUGCUAUUAGGAGGCGGACACGCCGCGGGGAAGAAGACAACAGCAACAUCGAUCAAGAAUGAGCUCGUUUCAACGUUACCCAAGGGGUCCAUCGACGUGAGAAUCAUCGAUAUGAACAAGUACACCGACCACAGCAAGUCCUCAGUCGACUCGAGCCAAUUCACAACCACCAAGUCCGCCGCAAUCACAAUCAGCAAAGAAGAUAAAAACUAUCCGCUUUUGAAACCGUCGAGGUUCGAUUUCCGGUGCUUGAAAUCAGAUAUCGCUGCGUUUGGGGAAGGUAAAUCUCCUAGCCUGCCUCAACGGAUCUUGCUCGUGCAUGGCCUCUAUGCACUAUACGAUAAGGAACUACGCGACUCGGCUCAUAUCAAAGUCUUCAUCGAUAGCGACCCGGACUCGAGAUUAAUCCGGUGGAUCAGGAGGGACGUGCUAGACCUCAAGCAGGACUCGUUAGAAGGAGUGAUAAAUGCAUACUUGUUGGGAGCACGCUCCGAGAUGAGCGACUACAUCUUCCCGACAAAGGAAUUCGCCGACGUUAUCAUGCCCAGAGGCGCGGAACAUAACGCGGUCAGCUUGGUCAUCGAUGGGAUCUUGUUGCAUACGGGGGAGAAAAACCAGCCGAAACGGUUGAGCUUUUCCGCCAACUACUUGCGUCCUACGGAGAUUGGCAAUUUUGAAAAGGAGAGAUUCGACGUGCAAAAGAACAAGUUUUACCAAUUGAGUUGA